AUGAAAACAAGGCUUCUUAUUGAAGUUUCAAAGACUCAUAGUGACAAUAGCAAUGAAUUUAAUGAUAUUGAAGAUAGUGAUGGAGAAAUAAGUAUUUUAAGAAUCGAAGAAGUGAAUGAUAUUAUUACAAGGCUAAUACAAGCAGUUUUAGAAAGAAAAGCUGUAGUUGGAAUACCUAAGUUAGAAUUAUUUUGGUCAUCAGUAAAUCCAGAUAUUUACAGUUCAGAUAGUAACUCUGAAACUUCUAAAAGUGAUUUUGAAGUCGGAACUGCUAAAGAUCGCAUGAUAUCUAUCAAGAAAUUGGGUAAUAUAAUUAAAGAAUUAGAAACAGAAAUUAAGAGUAAUAAACAUAAUGAGGUAGAAAAAGCUCAUUUCUAUGCAAUGCUAUCUUAUUUUCGUCUUGUAGAAUGUGGCUGA